ACACCACCUGACCACUUGAGUCCUGACGGACUACCUUGUCUUGCCGCUCCAACGCCAAGGAACGGAAACUGAAGCGACGGAAGCGAAGCUGAGAGACACCCCUUCGACGUCUUCGUCCUUCUCCUCUGCAAAUCUAAUUCGUCUUUUAUCUACUCCUUUGAAAUGAACGACGGAGGUAUGAAGAUUCUUGACGGAGCAAGUCUCAGAUCCGUCGAUGUCCUACUCCCAGAAAUUGAUGGCGCCAUUACUGGAGCUCAGGUUCUUGAAAUAGCAGAAGCCAAAGCUUCUUCCUCGUUGUUUGGCAUCGCCUUGCCGGAGCAUUUAAAGGCCGCCGCACUUAAACGGAUAAACAUUGAUCCCGUUAGCUUCCGUUCUACGGAACUCGACAGAGAACAAUCUUCUUCGAAGCUGAAAGAGUACGUGAUCGCCAUUGCCGAUGAACUGAUAGAUGAUCCACUUGUUGUGUCCGUUUUGGACGGAGUUAUACUUAAACUAUUCAUGGAGGAUGAAGAUGAUUUUGCGAUGCUGGCAGAGGAUCUCUUCACUGAAUUAGAUGAAGAGGAUAAGGGGAUGAUCAGAAAAAGUGAAAUUAGAAAUGGUCUUGUCCGUAUGGGAGUGGAAAUGGGAGUUCCUCCUUUUUCAGAGUUCCCUCUUCUCAACGACUUCCUUAAAGAGAAUGGAGCAGAGGGCGACAACAUGGUGGGUCAGGCACAAUUUGCAGAAUUGCUCCAUCUUGUUUUACGACAACUAGCAGAUGCCCUGGCUGAAAAGCAUGUCGUUGUCAUCCAGAAUAUCAAGAUCAUCAAUGGUUCUAAGCUGAGAAAGUUGUUGGCCGAUCAGGAGCAAUUGAACAAUGUGAUAGAGAAAAUGUUCCAGGAUCAAUGUGCAAGCAAAGAUGGAAAAGGGAGCACUGAAAAAAUUCGGGCUUUUCUUCAGAAAAAUGGGCCAGAUUUGGGGCUACCAUCAUCAGAAACCAAUGAAGCAGUGAUUCUUCUUUAUGAUCAAGUAUUUGCCGAUGUAGAUAAUGGGAGAAGUAGCAUUGAAUUUGGGAGAAAUGAGUUUGGGGAAGUUGUGAAGGACAUUCUUGAGAAAUUUGCAGAGCAUCUUGAAGGAAACCCCAUCACUAUUGAUCUUGACAGUUGAAACAAGUCAUCAUAUGAUCUCCUGUAUAGGAUAUCCUCCAUUUGGUUGGCAAAGAUUGUUAUAAUUUCUACAGUAUAUCAUACAACAAUUUAAAACUUUGUGUUCAUAUGUUCAUUAUAGUUACUUUUGACCAUUCCAACACAUUCCUCUAGAUCUAAUGAGAAUUGUAAGGCAUUGCCUUUGUUACCCAGGGAGACGGUUUUUACAUGAUAUAAACAAUACGUGGAGACAUUUUGGAGUA